AUGCCAGUGAAAUUGUGGUACUAUGGUAAAUAUUCUCUUUAUUUUCUACAGAAAUGUAUUUUCUGCAGACAGAGAGUUAAGAAAACCUCUGGUGCCUGCAUUCAGUGCUCGUAUGGACGCUGUCCAGGCUCCUUCCAUGUGACCUGUGCCCACGCCGCAGGAGUGCUGAUGGAGCCUGAUGACUGGCCGUAUGUUGUCUACAUCACUUGUUUUAGGCACAAGAUCAACCAAAAUGUGAGAACUAAAGCAUGUGAGAAGACCAUUACAGUUGGGCAGACGGUCAUCGCGAAACAUAGAAAUACAAGAUACUACAGCUGCAGAGUCAUUGGAGUGACAUCACAGCUUUUCUAUGAAGUCAUGUUUGAUGAUGGCUCAUUUAGUCGGGAUACUUUUCCUGAAGACAUCGUGAGCAGAGAUUGCCUAAAGCUGGGCCCACCUGCAGAGGGAGAGGUUGUUCAAGUGAAGUGGCCUGACGGAAAGCUGUAUGGUGCAAAGUAUCUGGGACCAAACACAGCUCACAUGUAUCAGGUGAGUGUCUAUGUUUAUUACCAAAUGUCUAUUUUUGAGAUGUCUUUAUUGCUUAUUCAGCUCUAGCAUUGGAGUGGCAGA